AAGUCCGACAAAGAGAGUCGGUGGAAGUCACACACAGCUAACCACACAAACAACUCUCUCUCUCUCUCUCACACUCUCUCUCUACUUUCCGUGUCGCCGUCGCUUCCGGCACUUCCUCCGCCGGGAAUGCCACGGUCGCCGGCCACCGGUCGUCGCGCCAGCUUUUUCGCCUCAGCCAAAUUUUCCGACCGAGAAGAUUCCGCUUUCGUGAUUUUCUUCCUUUUCGCUGUUUGGGAUUCGGGAAGAAUGUCCUUUCGCAUUUUCGGGGGCAAUUACUGUCAACAAUAUAACCUUCUCAUCACUCUGCGUUUCUUUCCAAAUCUGAACUGAACCAAAACCAACGGUUUUUAUUUUCAUUUGCCGACGCGUGUUUGUUGAUUUGAUUUUUCAUGUGAAUGCGCUCCUGUAUUUGAACAAUUUGUUUUCUCGUGCUUCGCGAAAGUUGUGUCUGUGUUCUCUGCUUACUCUCUUAUGUUCGUGUUUCUGUUUACUGAUAUUCAUUGCAAGAUUACACUACAUCAGGUCUAUAGUGCUUGUUCUUGUGUUUUCUAGGUAUACGUAAAGUAUUCCUUGUGUUCAUUGCGUUAGUGUUUGGAUCUUGUGUUUUUCUGUACUCGUGUUGAUUGGUUCUUCUUAUUUUAAUGGAUUUGUCUAAAUGUUCUUCAGCUUACAGAUCUCCCCAACUUACCCUGAUGUUGUGUACUUGUUGUGUGUGGGGAUUAAUGAUGGUGAUGUGUAUGUGCAGCUGUUGAAAUGAAUGGGGUGCAAAAUAGAAGGGUUCACAAUGUUGAGAAACCUUUUCCAGGAUGCUUGGGAAGAAUGGUGAACCUCUUUGAUUUGACUGGUGGUGUAAACGGAAACAAGCUUCUUACGGACAAGCCACAUCGUGAUGCAUCUUCACUUUCAAGAAGUCAGUCCGAUGUUGCUCGCAUCAUGAGUCCUCCGUUUGGUGGUCAGAUAGAGGAUAAGCUGAUUGUUUCCGACUCAAUGAGAGCUUCUUCAAAUAAGAAAGUAAAUGGAACACCCAUCAAGAUGCUCAUAGACCAAGAAAUGUCCAAAGAAGUUGUUUCCAAUUCCAAUCCACCAAAUUUAGUAGCAAAACUAAUGGGCCUUGAAGCCCUUCCACAGGGCGAACCUCAUUUAUCUGUGGACAGAAGCCAUAGAGAAGAUUAUUCUCAACAUAUUUGUGGUCAUUCAGGGUCACCAUUCAAACACUGGCAACUGCAAGAUAGGUUUAUGGACAAGGAAAUGCUUCAUGAAGUUCAUCUGAGCACAGAACAGAUUGCUUACAAGGAUAUAUAUGAAAUAUGGUUGCAAUCACAGAGAACAAGCAAUGUAAGAGACAAGACACCAGAGAGAGAAAAGUCGACUGAAGAUGUUAAUGGGAAGAAAAUGGCACUCAUUCGCCAGAAGUUCAUGGAAGCUAAACGUCUUUCAACAGAUGAGAGACUUAGGCAGUCCAAGGAGUUUGAUGAUGCCUUGGAAGUUUUAAGUUCCAAUAAUGAUCUAUUAAUCAGGUUAUUGGAUUCUCAAAAUCUUUAUGAACUUCAGCCUACUCCACUAGCAGAAACAAAGCGUAUUACUGUUCUUAAACCUUCAAAGAUGGUUGACAAUGAAAAACCUGGUGGAAAGGGGAAGAAAAAUGACAAACAGAUUAAGAAACCAGCAAAUGUUGGUGCUGCAUGGGAGAAAUGCAGUCCUGGAUAUUCUCCAGCUAGUCAGAAACUUGAUGAAUUUCCAGUUCAACCUACUCGAAUAGUGGUAUUGAAGCCUAGUAGCCCUGGGAAGACACAUGAGAUUAAGGCUGUGGUUUCACCAACAAUGUCAUCACCUCAAAAUCUGCAAAGUGGAAAUUUCUACCAGGAACCUGAAGAUGAUGAAGUGCUGCAAUCAAGAAAAGCGGCAAAUGAAAUUACAAAGCAAAUGCAUGGAAAUCUGAUGAGCCAUCAAAGAGACGAAACAUUGUAUUCUUCAGUAUUUUCCAAUGGCUAUGUUGGUGAUGAGAGUUCAUUCAACAAAUCAGAUCAUGAGUAUACUACAGGGAAUUUUAGUGAUUUGGAAGUAACGUCACCAUCUCCAAGGCAUUCUUGGGAUUAUAUCAAUCGCUGUGGCAGUCCUUUUUCUUCAUCAUCCUUCAGUCGUGCAUCUGGUUCUCCUGAAUCAUCAGUAUGCAGAGAAGCCAAGAAACGACUUUCUGAAAGAUGGGCCAUGAUGGCAUCAAAUAAGGGUCCUCAAGAGCAAAGACAUUUGCGGAGAAGCUCUACCUUGGGUGAGAUGCUUGCUCUUUCAGAUAUAAAGAAAUCUGUAAUAACUGAGGUUGAGGGUAUACAUAAAGAACAGGAACCAAGCGAAUCUGUGUCUUGCAGUCGAAAUUUCAAUGAUGAAAUAUGUGUGGAUGGUUCUCCUAAAAAUCUCCCCAGGUCAAAAUCUGUUCCUGCUGCUUCUACUGUCUAUGAAAAUGGGCUCAAUGUUGAAGUUUGUGAUAAUGAUGCUGGCAAAGCAUGUGGGUCCAAGGAGCUGACAAAGUCAAAGAGUAUGAAAUCAUCAUUUAAAGGAAAAGUUACAAGUUUCUUAUUCUCAAGGAAUAAGAAACCAACCAAGGAAAAAUCUUGUCUAUCUCAAUCUAAAGAUGAAUCCCAAUAUACCAUCGCUGAAACAUCAGCAUCUCCAGUAAAUUCGCCUGGAAUCCUUAGGGAUGAUGUGUCUCUAAGCUUUAACAGUGGAUCAUUUGGAGAGUGUUCUCUUCCAGCUCCAUAUGAAUCAUCGGGCAAAAUUUUAUCAGAUUCUAUCCCUAAUGGACAAGGUGUUAUACCUCUAGAGCCUGGAUUGACUGUGUCAAAGCCUGCAGUACCCAGGGUUUCUAGUGAAAACCAGGAUCAGCCUAGUCCAAUCUCAGUUCUAGAACCUCCAUUUGAAGAUGAUAAUGCUGCUCAUGAUUCCUUGGAUUGUGCGAAGGGUGGUCAGCUGGGAUCACGGGUGCCUCUGAAGUCUAAUUUAAUUGACAAAUCACCACCUAUAGAAUCAAUAGCACGGACCCUCUCAUGGGAUGCUUCUUGUGCAGAGGUAGCAAGUCCAUACCCAUUAAAUCCCUCAUUGGUUUCCUUAGACACCAAGGUAGAGGAUCAAGACUGGCUUGUCUUCGUUGAGAAACUACUAUCAGCAGCUGGAAUUGAUGAUCAAGUGCAAUCUGACUCGUUUUACUCUAGAUGGCAUUCCCUUGAAAGUCCAUUGGAUCCAUCGUUGAGGGACAAAUAUGCCAAUCUUAAUGACAAGGAGCCUCAGCAUCUCCAUGAGGCAAAACGAAGGCAGAGGAGAUCUAAUCAGAAGCUUGUAUUCGAUUGUGUCAAUGUUGCACUAAUAGAAAUUACUGGUUACGGCUCAGAGAAUUACUUAAUGUGCAGGUUGUGGAGUGGGGGCCACAGCAGGCUCCAAGUCCCAGAGGGUGCACCUCCCCCAUUGGUGGACCUUAUUGUGGCCCAGAUGGAGGAGUUAAUAUCCAGUGCGAUGAGGUCUACUUGGAGGAAUUGUGGGGACAGUAACAGCCUGGUGGUGGAGAGUGUUGUCAGAAAAGAGGUUGUGGGGAAAGGUUGGGUUGAGCUUAUGGGAUUAGAGAUGGAUAUUUUGGUGAAGGAUGUAGAGGGCAAGUUGCUAGAAGAACUUGUGGAGGAUGCGGUGGUUGAUUUGACAGGCAGGGCGUGAAUGGUUGAAUCCCUGAUAUGGCUUUCCGCUUUGUUUUUUUAAUAUUGUAACUCUAUUAUUGUUGUAUUCGAUUAUCAACGCAUGGCCCUACUUACCUAAUUUAUUAAAUUCUACUAAAAAAUUGUUUCAAUUUGCAGCUAUUUUAUUAACGAAUCUGUAACACAUUAAUUACUUAUGCAACUGCUUAAACUGAGAAUAUAAAGAAUUACACAGGUUAUAAAUGAUUAUGCCAGUGUGCAAUAUCAUGAAAUUGGAUUGUUUAUGUUUCACAAGACUAUCCGAUGAUAGAACACUGGAUGUCUUUUCCCCUUUUUCUUCCCCUGAAAAAGAAUAAUUUUGCUCUAUGGCAAAUAAGAAUUGACUAGCUGAAGUUUGGAUAGGUCAGAAGUUUGUUAGUGUGAUGUCUACAGAUGCCACAGCAAAAAAUCUCAAACUAAAACCUAACCCAGAAAAGGAAAUUCAGGUCUUGCAAUUGGCUACCCAGAAAAAGGUUGAAAGAGAAGAACAGCAAAAGUGGAUUGAUACACUGUAACAAGCUACAUUGCAAUAAGUGUGUAAUCUAAUUCAGCUCUGACAGUAGAAUAAAUUAGUAAUGCACACUCGAUUUUGAGUACUCAAUCAUCAACAUCUCAACGGUGAGUGUAUGUAUAUUUAUGGUCACGUAACAUUGUCAGAGUCUGUCUGAGAGGGUACAAAGGUGGCCAUAGCUGUGGGCCUGUGUUGCUGCACCAUCUGUACACUAUGUAUGGAACGAGGACCCACCAUAACCCCAAAAGAGGGUAAACAGUUCAAUCCUCUCUUUCAUGUCUCCCUCUUGUAAUGAUCUGCUGGCUCCCAUUAAAUCAUAAUGAAUGAUGAAUGAAUGGAUUGGAUUUGUGAUUCACAUGUCUCAACAUAUGGCCACACGAAUGAUGGCUUUUCCUUAGCCUAACCGUAUUCUAUUCCACGAUUUUAAUUUCCUAAAACCACAUAACAAAAGCUAAAUUGAGAGCAUGUUCAAUUUGCCUUUUCUAAAUGAAUUCAUACACAUCUUUUAGGAUGGCUGAUGCUAUACCAGUACUAUGUUACAAAAACGCAUGGCACCCACACCUUCCCACCAGCGUGCCCUUUUGCCCCAGCUGCUGUCUCCAAUCUUGUCAUUUAAGGAAAACCUAAAUUACUUUCCUCUCUUUUAUAUUUGAUCGGUUCAAACCAUAAUAGAAGAGAUAGGGACGAUUUUGUGAAAGUUUUAUGUUUUGUAUGUUUAAAUUCACAGAGAAUAAAAGCUUAUAUAUAGUUAGUUUUUACUAAAAGUAAUAUACAUAAUAUUAAAUGUUAUAAUU